AGGUAUGACAUUGGCAGUGUGGUCGAAAUGGCGCUCGACCACGUGAACUGUCCUAUUCACUUGAGUGAUGUCGACGUACUCGACCCGAGCGUUGCGCCUAUCACCGGGACACCGGUGCGCGGUGGGCUCACCUUCCGUGAAGGACACUACAUCUGCGAGGCGAUUCACCAGACUGGGUUGCUCGUCGCGUUCGACUUGAUGGAGGUCAACCCCACGCUUGCAGAUGCUGAGAGUGUACGCCAGACCGUGACGGUGGAGUGCUCAUUGGUCCGUUCUGCUUUGGGUAAGUCG